CCGGGAAAGACUGUGCACCUGCAAUCAUGCCAGUCAGAGUUAAGACGGCAAUCAUGGAGGACGACUGUGUGUGUGCUUACGACUCGACCUGGGACACAGAGAGUGAUGGAGAGGACCAGGCCGCAGAUGGUCAACAUCGUCGAUCUAGUCGAGACAAAAAUAAAUCUGGUUGGACUUCAGAAUCGUGGCAUCACACGCCCAGAAACAUGAGGGCAGCAAAGGAUAUGCAGAACUACAGAAGAGGAUACCCUAAUCUUGCAGAUGAAGAGUGCUCAGAGGACAAAAUGAAGAAUUUGCAGUUUUACCUCAAUAAAUUCCCCUCUUCACCUGAUAAUGUCUACAUUGAAUCGUUCCUCAAAGAAUGGAAGAAUGACUACAAAAAGUUGGAGAGAGUUCACUCAUACAUUCAGUGGCUGUUUCCACUCCGAGAACCAGGGGUAAACUACAUGGCUUCUGAACUCACCAAGAAGGAAAUUGAGGCCUUUAAGAGUAAUGAGGAUGCAAAAAAGAGGCUAGUGGAGUCCUAUGAACUCAUGUUGGGCUUCUACGGCGUCCGCCUGGUUAACAAAGAGACGGGUGAAGUGACACGAGCAGACAACUGGAAAGAGCGCUUCAGGAACCUUGAGCAGAACAUGCACAACAACAUGCGCAUCACUCGCAUCUUAAAGAGUCUGGGCGAGCUAGGAUUUGAGCACUAUCAGGCACCGCUCUUUCGCUUCUUCCUCGAGGAGACUCUGGUCAAGAAAAACCUCACCAGUGUUAAACACAGCAUACUUGACUACUUCCUGUUUGCGAUUCUGGAUAAACAACAACGCCAGGAGUUGGUGCGCUACGCCUACCUUCACUUUGAACCAAAGGAUACAUUUGUGUGGUGUCCCAGGAAGAUUGAGAGGCAGUUUAAGAAGUUCAGGAAGAAAGAAAAACAUCGGCAUUCCUCCUCUUCUUCUUCCAAAAAAGCCAUGGUAAAGAAAAUGUCAAGAAGGACAAAGGUGACAAACGUGACAAAACGGAGGAACUCAGAGACCUUCACCUCCGCCCCCAGUGACUCUGACUUCGCCCUUAAGGACUCCAGCCCCGCCCACGUCAAGGACUUUUUCCCUCUGCCCUCCCACACAAUCUCAGCCUGCCAUGUCUGCUGCUACGUCCAAGCCUGCCACGUCUGCUGCUACGUCCAAGCCUGCCACGUCUGCUGCUACGUCCAAGCCUGCCACGUCUGCUGCUGCGUCCAAGCCUGCCACGUCUGCUGCUGCGUCCAAGCCUGCCACGUCUGCUGCUACGUCCAAGCCUGCCACAACGCCGACGCGCCCACCUUCCCGUCGACCACGGAUUGUCCUUCCUGUUCCCCGUGA